AUGGCGUCGCUCCUGGACCGCCCGGCUGGUGGUGAGACCAUCGGAUACUCCUUCUCUGGCCCCAACACUGCUGCAGGUGCCGUCAAGCAACAUGGAUUCUACCCCUAUACCGACAACGGCGGUUCAACUCUGGGCAUUACCGGCUCCGACUUCGCCAUUCUUGCGGGCGACACCCGUUCCACGUCCGGCUACAAUAUCAACUCCCGCAUGGUUCCUAAAGUCUUCAAGAUCGGCGGUGACGACGAGACUGGCGAAGGGGCUCAUAUCAUUCUCUCCGUAGUGGGAUUUGCUGCGGAUGGCAAUGCCCUAAAGGAACGACUGGAUGCUGUGGUGAAGAUGUACAAGUACCAGCACGGAAAGUCCAUGUCUGUCUCUGCCUGCGCCCAACGGUUGUCAACAAUCCUAUACCAGAAGCGUUUUUUCCCUUAUUACGUACACGCCAUCUUGGCUGGUCUGGAUGAGGAAGGCAAGGGAGCGCUGUAUAGCUACGACCCCGUUGGCUCAUAUGAGCGGGAGCAAUGCCGCGCAGCUGGUGCUGCAGCCAGCUUGAUCAUGCCUUUCCUGGACAACCAGGUCAACUUCAAGAACCAAUAUAUCCCUGGCAGUGGGGAGGGACAUGCUCUGGAGGCAAAGAAGCCCGAGCCUCUACCACAAGAAACUGUCAAGCAGCUUGUCCGGGAUGCCUUCACAAGUGCGGUCGAGCGGCAUAUCGAGGUUGGCGAUCACUUGCAAGUUAUGAUUAUCACUCGGGAUGGAAUCGAGGAGGUGUACCACCCGCUGAAGAAGGAUUAA